ACUUGCAUGAUUUUAGUUCUUAGGAAUCCAUAGGUGUAUGACAACCCCCUUUUUUCUCGUAAUAGGGUAUGGAGUGUAAAAUCUCCUUUCAAAAUCCUUUUUUUGCGUGUACCCACAUCUGAAAUCCGGUAGUUCGGUAAGCCAAUCUGGGUAUAAUUUCUUCAUCAAUUGCUCCUUGGUUCAGCAAUGGCGACCCUAGUGCCCGGGGUUCUGUUGAAGCUUCUUCAGCAUAUGAACACCGAUGUAAAAGUUGCAGGAGAGCACCGAUCAUCACUGUUGCAAGUUGUGAGCAUUGUUCCUGCGCUUGCAGGCAGAGAUCUAUUCCCAAACCAAGGCUUCUACCUAAAGGUAUCAGACUCCUCUCACGCCACUUAUGUUUCUUUGCCUGAUGAAGAACAUGAUCUCAUACUCAGUGAUAAGAUCCAAUUGGGCCAGUUUAUUCACGUUGAGAGGCUUGAAGCUUCCUCACCCGUGCCUAUUCUUAAGGGGGUUAGGCCUCUCCCGGGUCGACACCCUUGUGUUGGCACCCCUGAGGAUAUAGUUGCUGCUAAUCCUUUAGGUUUCCUCAAUAAUAAUAAUCCUGGAUCUAAUAUAUUUCAAGACAAGGCUAGUAAAUCUCAUUCUGUGGUGAGUAAAUCUGGCGUUUUAAGAUCUAGUGGUGGUGGUGCUAAAGAAGAGAAAAGGGAGAAAAGAGCUCCUGCAUUGUCUAAAUCAAAGUCUCAAUUGUCUAAGCUGACGUUGAAUUUAAUAGGCGAUAAGAGGAAGGAUUCUCCAAUGAAGUCUAAUAAGUCAUCUAGUUCGAAAUCAAUACCCUCAUCCCCGACAAGCUGUUACUCAUUACCAAAUUCUUUUGAAAAGUUUGCGAAUGGAGUUAAACAUCAAGCAAAAAUCAAGGGUUUGGAAAGGUUGGAGAAGUCAAGCUCAACUAGAGGGACCAGUCCAACUACAAAAAAGGUGUUGCGUGGGAAUCCCUCUGCAAAGAGUAUGGGACUAGGAAUUGAAUUUUUAGGGCCUAAGGCCUUGAGAAAGAGUUGGGAAGGAGGGAACAUGGAAGUGAAGGGAGGUAGAGAAAGUCCCAGACUGAAGGUUAUCAAGCGCGACUCAAAGCCUGAAACUCGGAGUACUUCGGCUCCAAGAAAACCAACAAGUGAGAGGAUGCCAUCAAGGGAAGAAAACAAAGAACUUUCUGUAAAGGCGUCAUUAAAAGAGGAAAGUGGAAGUCCAUGCACUAAAAAGGUUUCUACAAAAGGAGACCCUAUACAUUUAGAGAGUUCCAGUAAGUUAAAAACUUCUCCUGUGAAGAAGUUAUGUGGGGAGGUCACUAAUGGAUUGCCUGGAAAUUUGGUAAAAGUUCCCAUCAAUAAUAGGAGGAUGACCGAAGGAAGCAUUUCUUGGUCUCCCCUGCCAUCUUCUCUCACAAAGCUUGGAAAGGAGGUUAUGAAGUACAGAGAUGCUGCUCAGAUAUCGGCAAUUGAAGCAAUACAAGAGGCUUCUGUUGCUGAAAAUUUGCUCAGAUGUUUAAGUACAUAUUCUGAACUGAGCACAACUGCAAGAGAGGAUAACCCACAACCAGUGGUAGAGCAGUUCUUGGCCCUACAUUCUAGUCUGAAUAGUGCCCGGCAGGUUGCUGAUGCUCUAGCCAAGAGCACUACUGCUGCAGAUCACGAAGAGGAAGAAAAACCGCCUUGUGAAGAAGCAGAGAAGUUAACAUCAGAGAAACGCAAACAAGCAGCUUCUUCAUGGAUCAAUGCUGCUUUAGCCACCAAUUUGUCACCUUUUUCGCUAUACACCCCCACCACAACCAAGCAAGCGACCACUUCAGCAAACCCUUCUCCAACCUCAAUACUAGUCCUUGGCAACACUGCUGCCAAAGCUUCAGCUGCAAAGUCACAACCCAAAUCCCGUCAGUCAAAGAACGCUCCUUCAGGAACAACUCCACGUCGGCUAUCCGAUGUUGGCCAGAAACCAAAGCCCACAUUGCCCCCAAGAGAAUGGGCGAGAGGGGAUGGGCUUGGUGAGGCAGUUGAUUUGGCCCAGAUGCUGCGGAUUGAGUCUCAAGACUGGUUUUUAGGAUUUGUCGAGAAGUUUCUUGAUGCCGAUGUGGACAUCGCGGCUCUGUCAGAUAAUGGACAAAUAGCUGGCAUGCUGACUCAGCUUAAGAGUGUGAAUGACUGGUUGGAUCAGAUCAUUGGAGGAAAUGAAGCGGGCGAUGACGUUGAGGAAGCAUCCCGUAUCUCCUCCGAUACUAUCGACAGGAUAAGAAAGAAGAUAUAUGAGUAUUUGCUUACACAUGUGGAAUCAGCCGCUGCUGCACUUGGUGGCACAGGUUCCCAGCAGCCAUCGGCAACACUAGAAACAAAAGUGAGAAGAUGAUUUUUUUUGUUUACAUGUUCAUACCUUCUGUUCUUGAACUAAUUGCUUAGUUGCCCAUAUUUAAGAGUGCAUGAAAUGUACAUAGAUUCCCCCAAAUACAGUUUGGUGGGGAAGUGAGUCGCAGUAAUUAUUAAUUAUUGUCAUCAAAAGUGUUUAUAUUUGCUUUUUACCUUCACAAACAACCCAGUUUUCUGUCUUAUAAAACUAUCAUUCACAAGAAACUGUGUAGAAGAGGCCAAAAGGGAGGAAAAGUAAAACAUCUCCUCGUGUGAUAUUGAAUCAGUGCUGCUACUCCUGCUAGAGACUGGAUUUCUUGUUUGAAUUUGAUUAAUUGUUUCAUUUAAAUUUUAGACUGACGAACAGUCAUAUUUUCUAUUAUAGUGAAAUUCAUUCAGUAUUUUUCUUUA